GCCGAGCGCGGGCAUCAUCGUCUGCGUGCACAGGUACUUCAACAAGCUGAGCCAGCACUUCUCGACAGGAGCCGCGAUCGCGGCCGGCCCCAGCGAGCCCAUGAUGCUGCCGGAUAUCAUCCUGGUGAUCGCGAUCACGGCUCCUGCUCAUACCCACGAGUCCGGGACCAUGGAGGCUGACGGACUCGCAGCGGCCCUCGAGGCCGUCAUGGACGAGAACGAAUUGGAGAGGAGGGCCAUGGCGCAUGAGGAGGUCCUGGAGGCGCAGAUGAUGCGAACGCUUUCGGCCCGCACCGAGGCGAUGACCGCCCGCGCGACCGACAUCGUUCGAGCAGAGCAGGCUGAGAUGAGGGAUGAGCUUGUCGGCGCGCUCAUGCACGCCGAGGCUCAGCAGGACUCCAUCCGCCCCGAGUACGCGGCUCGCCUCUUGGAUGCUGAGCAGCACCUCGACGCCGCGGCAAGGCAGAGGAUCAACGACGUCGUGGAGACGGAGGCCGAGGAGCUCAUCGCUGCCGGCCGCCGCAUGCAUGACGAGCUGGCCGCCCGCACUGCCCAGUUGAAUGUGGCCAACCUGGCCCAUCUUGGACAGCUCCGGGAGGUCAGUGAGCAGGCUGAGUCUUCGAUUCGGGCUGCGAGGCGGGCCGAGGCCGAGGUGAACGCCAACGCCGAGUCCGCCAUCAAUUCACUCAAGGCGGAGGCGCUCCAGGCCAUCACCGAUGCCCAGGGCGCGGCGGCGGCAGCUCGGGACGCCGAGCAAGCUGCCCAUCGCGCGGAGUCCCGGCAGGCGCUCCGCCUCCGCCAAGCCGAGUCUCGAUUGCACUUGGAGGCCUCCGCGGUCUCUGAGCUCCGCGCGCAGUGCGCUGAGGCAGCCGGGCUCCGUGCCCAGGUCGCGGUCCAAGCGGCCAAGCUGGCGGACUACGAGCGGGAUUUCGCUGCCCUUCGAGCUGGUGCCCAACGCGUCAUUGACGACUCCGGGCGCAAGCUCAGGAGGCUGGGCAAGGACCACGAGGCCGUCGAGCACGCACUCCGCGACAGGCCUCUCAGCACCGACGUAGCCCACAACCUGGACUUGAAGCGCGUCGCCAAGUUCCUGCAGUUGGUGAAGGUGGUGCUCCUCCCCGUGAGCCGCAAGCUGGCGCGGGAGCUUGGCCUGCUACUCAUCCCGAACGUCUUCUUGGAGACCAAGCCCGGGCUGCCGGCGCAUCAGCGCUCUGCGUCGCUUUCUUCGCCCAGUGAUGAGGACGACGCUCGGCGGAGGAAGGGCGCGGUGAAGGAGCUGAAGCUCGACCCGAACCCGCAGGCUUCUGGGCUACGGCAGUGGAUCCAGAGCUUGUACUCGAAGGUCUGCAAGGCCUCCAAGCGCUCUAAGCGCAGAACCCUCCGCUGGCUGCAGCUGGCUGAGGACCCGGCGGUCGCCCGGGAGCGGCUCGAGCACCUCUCGUCCGCCCAGCGCAAUUGGGGCGACUUGGACACAGCGCUGGCCGACUCCAUCUUGCAGAUCGCCACCGUUUCCCUCAAGCGCCAGCUCUUGACCUACCAGGAGCAGUUGACGGCGAGGGGGCACCCCCUUUCGGGUCGAUGUGCGCUCAAGAUGUUCUUCGAGCAGUUCCGCAUCGAGUCCAGCCAGAAGUCGAGCAUCGACGUCGCCACGUUCGUGAACUUGACGUUACACGGCGACUUGGAGGCGUACCUGGACAUGCUGGACUACACCCGGCAGCCAGACGAGGAGCUCAUCAUGGCAAUCGUCGAGCCGCAGCUUCGACUAUGCCGUGACCUCGCACCGACCUUCGUUACCUUCGACGGCGCCGAGGAGGGCUCCGAGGAGCGCACUAUCUCUUGGCUAUACAACCGCGCCCGGCGCGAGGUGGCCAGGAAGAAGCGAGUGGCGGCCUCCAAGCAGCUCCAGGACGCGGUGCCCAAGAAGAUCGCCGCCCCAGGAGCCGGCAAAGGUGGCAAGGGGGACACCGGCAAGGGCAAGGAUAAGGGCAAGCAGACGUGGGCUUGCAUCCUCUUCCGGACCAACACUGGCAUUGGCGAGAAGGCCAGGACCGAGGCUGCAGCUGUCACGUCGAAGGCUGCCGCAGAGCCCAAGGCCAAAGCUACCGCCAAGGCGGCCGAGGCUAAGGCCAAGGCUGCCGAGAAGAAGAAGGCUGCAGAGAAGAAGAAGGCCCCUGCGGCCGGUGGCAUGCCCGACGUGUCCCAGGACAAGCCCCUGUGCGCCGCCUUCCAGAAGUCCGGCAAGUGCGACAAGGGCGACAAGUGCGAGUUCAGGCACGCGCCCAAGGCCACCGAGAAGGCGGCUCCAGCCAGAGUGGCUCGCCAUGCCGAUGAGGCCGCUGGCGCUACCGGAGUCGCCAUGCCGAGUGCCACCGCUAACGACGCUGAGUGGGCCGUGGCCGACGCGGGCGUUGGCGACGACCUACUCGACGCCCAGACCGCGAUGCAGUUCGGCGACGCCCACCACAGGACCGACCUCCACCAGCUCGCCACUGCGAACGGGACCAUCGCGCCCGACACCACCGCAGUUGUCGGCCUUGAGCGGCUCGGCGAGGACACUGAGGCAGUCGUCCUGCCAGGCACAAUCAACGCGCUGUCCAUCGGCAGGCGCUGCGCCGAGUACGGGUACACGUUCACCUGGAAUCCGUUCGAGGACAAGCCCGUGUGGCUCGCCCCUGACGGGACUCCCCUCGACGUGAGGGUUGACCACUACGUGCCCAUGGUACGUCCAGGGUUCGCGCGCCCCGAGGGAGAGCGACGCCAAGUCGCCUGCAUGCCGGCCGCUGGGUCUUCGGAGCAGAGCCCCUCUCGAGCAGCUGAUGCUGACCAAGCCCCCGAGGAUGCUGAACAAGACUCUGAAGUGGUGGUCCCCGAGGUGGUGGCGGUGGCCCCCGAGACCGCAGGCCUGGGCGACGACAUCUGGAUCGCCGGCGACCCGCCCAUCGUGGAGCACGUGCCCGAGCACGAGAGCAUCGGACCCAGCGGUGAUACUCGUGCUUUCAUUCGCGACCUGGAGGGCGGUCUGACAACUUACGACCAGCAGAUCGACCCCGACGAGAUCCCUCUCAAGUGCGGCGAGUGCCUGCCCGACGACGCCAUGGACGCCACCUUCCACAACGACCCGCUGUCGCGAGCUCACCUUGCAGCUCAUCUUCCGCGCUGCCCGCCGGGUGCAUGCCCCGGGUGCGACUUCGGCAAGACUGCGAAGAGCCGCAGCGGGAGGAGACCAGCACCAGCCAUUGAGCUGCACGCGACGCCCAAGGAGCAGGGGGUGUUCGGCGCCCUUGCCCACAUGGACCACGUCGAGAUGGAGCGCGGCAGCGACGCCCGCAGGGCCGCGCCCUACGCGCUCAACAUCACCGAUGAGGGCACGGGCUUCUUUUCGAGCUACCCGGCGGUCCGCCGCGACGCCAGCGCAGUGUUGGACAGCGUCAGGCGCUUCGACGACACGCCCGAGAAGAUCAAGCGCUGGUGGAGCGACCACGCUCCCGAGUUUCGCGCUGCCGCCAGGCAGAUUCGCGAGCAGCGCACUCUAGCGCACUACCGGUCGACGCCGUACCGGCCACAGGCCAACGGCAAGGCGGAGCGCAUGAACCGCCUCAGCGUCGAGGGCACGCGUGCGUUGCUCCACCAGUCCGGCUUCUCCGAGAGCUGGCGGCCGCUGGCGAUUCGAGCGUGGGCCACCGCCUACAACGCCACGCACGUCGGGAAGGACGGCCUCACGCCCUGGCAGCGCAGGUUUGGGGAACGAGCACCAUACACCGUGUUCCCCUCCGGCGGCCUGGUGACCUACCGCCCGCCGGCCGGCUCCAAGACCACCAAGGCGGAGCUGAAGCACUUGGGCUCGACCAAAUGGAAGAGCAGGCUCGUCCCCGCCGUCUUCGCGGGCGUCGCCGCCGGCCCCGGCGAGACUUGGGCAAAGUCUUACCUCGUGGCGCCCCUGGCCGCGAUCAUGGACGACGGCCGCGCUUCGCGCGUCAGCGUGCGCACGGUGACCGACGUGGUCUUCCCCGACCAGCCCGCGUUCCCGCUCAAGCAGCGCUUGAUGGCCCACGGCGCUUUCGAGGACCUGAACCUCCCAGCGCCGAUCGCCCCCGACGACAUCGGUGCCCCGGGUGAGCUCAUCGUCACGGAGGACGCCUGCGAGGACGACGCCGAGCGGUACGAUUUCACCUUCGACGGCGACCUGUCCGAGAAUGCACCGCACUACUCGCGGAAGAAGCGCGCGAUGGACAUCAUGAUGGCCCUCGACCCGGACUCCCCUACCGUGUCUGUCUCGCCGGUGCCGGAGCUAGCCGCCGAGCCGGCCCCUGAGGCCUCUGCUCCGCCGCCUCGCGGAAGCGGACGCCGGCCGCUGCCGCCCAUGGACGCUCCGCUGAGCAUCAAGGCGACCUUGCAGUGGAACAACCGGGUGCUCGACGUCGCGUGCCCGGAUGCUGGUGGUCUCCGUGCUGACGCAGUCCGCACGCAGGUCGCAGCUUCGCCCCGCGUGGGUUUGGACCCGCAGGAGCUCGUCGUGAACCGCCUGAGUCGGCACGCCUGGGUCCCCGUGAAGACCAGCUACGUCUUUCGGCCUGGCUCCCUGUGUCUGGUCGAGUUGAAGGCGGGAACUGCCCCCCCGACUCCGGCCGACGACCCCAAGGAAGACUUUUGGGAGCGGGAGGAUGACUUGUGGCACCGGGUCCACGUAGUCCCGCGCGUGGCCAUGUUCACCCCGAUCGACGUUGAUGGAGCUCCCGACGCAGACGAGCUCGGAGGAUGGCGAUUGACUAAGGUGGACUACCACAACGGCCAGUCCGACCUCAUAGAAGACGAUUGGCUUCGGGAUCCGAGCCCGCAUCGUCCACUCCAUGCCCGAUGGACUGGCAGGACCACUUUCGGCCCCAAGGACCAGGAGGAGAUCGACGCGGAGGGGGGCAACUUCCUCGGAUCUCUGGCGCCUCCCCCAGCGCCCGUGGAUGCAGACCUUGCUGAGCUUGCACAGCCGGCGCCUGUCGCUGCCAUCGACACCGAGGUGGUCCCUGGACCAGGUCGCGCUCCCCCGGCCGGCUGGAGGCGAGACGACUUCGGCGCGGACGGCGUGAUCCGCAGAUUUGUCUGGACGCCGCCGUGGUCCACCCACCCGCCGGCCUUCGAGCCCGAGGUAUGGAUGUCCCUGAAUGCGGCCAACCGGUUAGCUGCCAGGAACGCUUGGAAAUCCGACGACCCUGUCGGCUUCGCGGCCCAGGAAGCUAGGCGGAAGGCCUGGGCAGAGCACAAGUCCAAGAAGGCCAAGCCCGCAGGUCCUGCGCCACGCGUGCUCUGCAGCUUCACUGGCUUCGUCGGUGGCGACCUCGAGUCUGACUACGUUGGCGCCCCUGGCGCCAGGCCGUCCAUGCCUGCUCGCCGUUCCGUUGAGGCUGCCCUUCCUCCACAAGGGCCCGCGGCGCCCGCUGACCCCAACGACGCCGGCAGGGUGCUCGCCCCGAAGUCGAAGGACCAGCUGUGCCAGCAGGCGUUCCCUGCGAUCUUGAGUGGCGACUUCGACGAGUUGUUCAUCGAGCUUUGUUGCACGGAGAACUCCAAGCUCUCGGAGCACGCCCCGAGGCGCACCCUGGCGACCCGAGUGACCACCGACUUCGAUUUCACGGACACCGCCGUCCUCAAGCACCUAAAGCACUUGGCCAGAUCGGCACACAAGCACAAGAUGCGGGUUGCGGUCUGGAGCGCUAUCCCUUGCACGGCCGGUUGCCCGUGGAAGCACGUCAACGAGUCCAAGGGCAUCAAGACUGGCGACCCCGAGCUCACCGAGAAGUUGAUCUCGCACGGAGUGGCGCUUUGCAGGUACGUCCGCAACAUGGGCCAGCACUUUGUCUGGGAAUGGCCGACCACUUCCGACCUGUGGGCGCACCCUGCAGUUCAGGCGCUGUGCCAUGGGGCUGACGAGGGCGACGGCUUCAUUGCCGUUGCCACCUCGGCUGUUGGCCUCAGCCACACCAUCAAUAGCAAGGUGGUGUGGACUCGAAAGAAGUGGUGUAUCUACUCCACCGACGCGCACGUCCGCACGGCGUUCAGCGCGUUCACCUCCGACCCGCACGAGGGCCAGAAGGAGUUCGCGUGGUGCCGGGGUAAGUUCGCCAAGGACUCCGCCAUCUACACGGACACGUUCGCGCGACCUUUCUGGCUUGCCAGGGGCGUGGUAAGUCGACCGGCCGCGCCAGCACCGAGGUUCAGGAGCUUCUUCAAGGGCUGCGCCCCCGAGGCCUCUGGCGCCGACCACCGUGGCCACGACGCCUCGGCGCCGCCUUCGAGGCCAUUCUGGUGCGCCAUGGUCACGCGAGUCGUGAAACCCAGGAGCCCCGAGGCCGAUUGCGACGAAGCCCGCGCCGCCAUCGCCAAAGAGAGGUCCAGCAUGCAUGACAAAGGAGUGUGGGAUGAGAGCGAUGUGCACUCCUUGACGGACCUCCUCCGCGAUCCGAACUUGGCUGAGGCCAUGUUUGGCCGGGUCUUCGCGAUCUUGGGGAUCAAGGGCGAAGAGCUCAGCAAGGAGCACCAGCAGUGGAUGGCCCGCGCGGUCUUCCAGGGGUCCAACGUCCGGACCAAAACCGGGACCUCGGCCGCGGAACUCUUCGAAGAGGUCGCCAACGCUCCUGCCUCUUUCGCCGCGGCUCGCGCGGCGAUUGCCGCUGGAGUCCUCAAGGGUUUCGACAACAAGCUCCGUGAUGCGGAGUCGGCCUACCUGCAGGCGCUCAUCGACUCGACGAGCCGGGUGCCGACUUUCGUCGAGUUGCCCGAGGCGUGGUGGCUGGACUCCGGUACUUCGCUCGUCGAGGCCCUCUACGGCCACCCUGAGGCCGGCGCGCUCUGGGAGGCGAAACUCGACUCCAUCUUGCGCCAGCUUGGAUGGGCACCAGCCGGAAAAGAGUUCCCAGGCGUGUACAUCCACAGCGGUGUUCUUGAGGCAUCUGGCCCUACUUCUUCGGCGCGCUCUGCGACUGGAGCCAUCCUCAUUGUCUACGAGGACGACCUCCUGAUGGUUUCCCCCCCGGGGGCCACCAGGCGACUUUGGGGGGAGCUGGAGAAGCACGUGUCGUUCAAGGAGCCGGAGGCGGACCUUGACAGGUACCUGGGGGCGCAUUGCGACAUCCCCCAGUGCGAUUCCAGACGCCCGCGCGCGCCGCGCCCGCUCGUCACGAACAUGAACGACUACGUGAAGAACGCCGUCAAGAAGCUCGUGGAGGACAUGGCCAGGACCGCGCCCCAGAUGCGCCUCGGCAAGGUGACCAGCCCUUUCGUGUCGCCCGAGCAGUGGGCGGACCCUGGUGCCAUGCCGGGAGCCUUUGCGACGACCGCCGCAAGCUAUGUCGCCACUGUGCUUUUCCUCAGCCGGGUGGCGCGACCUGACAUCUCGGUCGCGGUGCAGCGGUUGUGCCAGCUUGUGACCAAGUGGUCAACCACCCACGACGUCGCGCUCGUGAGGCUGCACAGCUACCUGCACAGCGCCGGCAACGUCGCCCUCGUCGCACUCUUGAGCCCGGACGACUCCGAGGAGCUCCAGCUCAGAGCCUGGUCCGAUGCGGAUUGGGCCGGCGACGCGGAGACGACGCGCUCCACCAGCGGCCUCUUCCUCGAGCUCUUCGCGCCGACUUCUGAGCAUAGUUGGCCUCUGAGCUGGGCCAGCCAGAAACAGACGGCGACGUCUUCGGCGACCGCGGAGUCCGAGACGCUGGCGAUGUCCAAGAACGUCCGCAUGGACGCGCUCCCCAUGGCCGACAUGCUGGCCAAGAUGGGCGUGAAAACGAACAUCGUCGUGCUGGUGGACAACACGCAGGCCAUUGCGGCCGUUGAGCGCGGAUACUCCAAGAAGCUCUGGCACUUGGAGCGCGCUCACAAGUGCGCGAUCUCCGUCGUCCACGAGCUCUGGAAGGACGGCGAGAUCGAGGUCGAGCACCACCCGACGGCAACCCACAAGGUCGACGGGUUCACCAAGGCGCUGCUGCCGGCCAAGUUCGUUCAGGCCCGCGAGCUCAUGAACAUCAG